AUGGCCGAGGGUGAGAUACCUGGUGAGGCCGAAGUGGUCGAGCUUGGUGCGGAGGAGCCGCUGGUUUGUCGGGGGUGCCUCGCCAACGCCGGCGAAAUGAAAAACAUGUACGAUUGGGGACUGAAUGAGGAAUUCUUCAAGAUUACCGAUAUAAAGGCUAUCAGGACGGAGAACAUCUCUGAAUUCCUUUGUACGAACUGCGAGGAUAUGCUAAUGAUCUGCAAAAGAUUUAAAUCACAAUGCCAGCAAUCAAACAGCAUCAUGAUGAACUGGAUCAAGACAACGACAUCGGAUUCAUCGGUUCCGCAGAAUAUAACUCGUCACAUCCUGACCGAGAAUAAGCUGACCGUAAUCCUGCUGGCGCCGGACCGUCUGGCCAAAGUCUACAUUACGUGUCCCUUGGACUGCAACGAGAAAUAUAUAAAGAAACGGGAUCUCCUAACGCAUUUGAAUAGAAAACACAACUACAGCAAGGACUUCGCUGUGGAAUUGCAGUAUUACUGUUCGUAUGAAACGUGCACUUACAGCACGAAAUUCGGCAGCAAAUGGUUCGCCGAACGCAAGUUUCUGAAUCAGCAUUACAACAAAGUGCACAGCAUUAAAGUCAUUGAAUGCGAGCGGUGCAACAAAGGCUUUCCUUCCGAGACGGAUUACGCGAGACACGUACCUGCUUGCAGUAAAACAUUUCAGUGUCCGUUGUGCAAUAAAGAGUACGCUUCGAGAGAUCGCUACACUGUGCACCUGCUAAGGAAACACCCGCAGAUACAUAAAGAGUUCAAGAUUAAUAAUAAAGCGGAAAAACGCAAGUCCGCUGUGCUCGCGAAGAACAAGAAAAAGAAAAAGGAAUCUUUCGAAGAUUACAUUUGUGAUAGUCCGAAACGCAGUUCAGCGACUCAGACGCGGCUCGAUGAUAAAAUUAAGAAUGACGUCACGCUGCCGUCUUGGUCCGUGCCCGGCAGGAGCGACGGCCUCGAAAUCAAAACAGACGAGAUAUCGACGCAGACUGUUUUCGAAGAUCUGUUGUCUAUAAAAUCACAGACGAGCGAAGACGAAUCGAUAUUUAGUUCGGAAACAGUAUCGCUGUCUGAUAUACAAACUCAAACCUUUCCGAUCGAAUUUGGUUUAAGUCGUUCGAAUAAGGAGACGGUCACGAGCGAGACCCAGUCACCGGAUUUGAGUAUUAAAGAGACCCAAACGUGUUUAUGCUUAUACGAAACACCAAAAAGUGGAGGUAGAUAUCAGGACGGCCUUUCAUCAAGUCCGUGCAGCAACAAUUUCAUAUCAACGGAGACUCAAACGGGCGACCUCAAGUGCUGCGUCAAAUCGGAUGUGCUUUUGAGCUUUAAUUCGACCGAAACUCAAACUUGCUUCGACGAUGACACCCAAGGAAGCGAUAACAUUAUGUGAUAUUUGGAGUUACUGUAAGGUUUACCUUGAUGAUAUACUUUUGAUAUAUGUAUUUUUAUUUACGGAGUAUUUAAAAGAACGAAUCGUGAUAGAUCAAUAAUAUUUGUGUGAAGCUGAAAAAGCAUUAUCUUUCUUGGCUGGAAAUAAAUCAUUCAAUGGAUUCAGAACGGUGGAAAAGUUGAAAAGUAUAAUGUUAAACUAAUCCUGCUGCUGCGAUUAGAUCCUCUAGUAGGGCAAACAAUGAUCAGCUCUUUCUCAAGUUCAAACUUAUUUGUGUUAAAUCAUUUAAUAUAGUUCUGUUUUAGUGGCGGUAAUGCGUCGGACAGCUGUAAUAUAAGUGUGAAAAUGUUAUGUACAUGUCGGUGAAUACGGUAGUUUUGAAAUUUAAAUGAUUUUCAUAGUACGAAGGCAGCAUGAACCCUCAGACGCGAUCGCUGGAUCAGUUGCCUCAGAUUGUAACUAUUCAAAUAGCUUCAUAACUUAUCUGAUCGAUUGAAGUGAUUGCGAAGUGAAUCAUCAGUUGUGGUACUAUAUCAGUGCUUCUUACUAUUCCCCCUCCCACAUCACUUGCUUCUUAAUAUUCCCCCUCCCACACCACUUGCUUCUUACUAUUCCCCCUCCCACAUCAUUUGCUUCUUACUAUUCCCCCUCCUUUAUAACUUGCAUCUCGCUGCCUCAUUAGCCAAAAAACUAGUGCUAUUUUAUUUAUUGCCUUCUGUGAGAUAUCAAACCAAUUCCUAAACGCAUUCGAUACCUGUCAUUCUAAAAUGUAGCUAUCUCGCUCUUAACUCAACUUCCGUCCUGUCUUUUUCCUAAAUGUUCGGUUAAGUGUGCGUAAGUUAAGUGUGUGUGUAUUAAUUAAUUAAGUGUUUUAAUCCAUAUAUGAAAUCUUCUAUAUAUUGCGCAUAAGUUUAAAAGUUGUUUACUUACAUUCAUUUGCAUUGUACAGAAUAGUAUUUAAAUAAUUUUGAAAGUAAAAAUUUGAGUAUUGAGAAUCGCUGCUCCAGAUGCUGCGAUCUUCCACUGUCCAGCUCUCGUGAAUUGCGCCACGAAAACCCAAUUUCUUGCAUACGGAAUCGUUGGUUAAAACGUUUAUUUAUGAUUCGGAGAUACUUAAAUGUUCUUUGUUAGUAUAAAUCAUCAAUAAUAAAUAUGUAAAGAAUGUG